AUGCUGCCUUCACAAUUCAUAACCGAUCUCAACAAUAGCACGCUUCAGCAGUCUGUAGCUGUUCCUUUCUUGAGCAACAUUGCUCUUCCCAGUUUUCUUGAUAUGUGCUUGAAUCUUCAGAAUAUUUUGUCUCAUUCACAUAAUGCUCUGAAUAGCAACCAGCCCAUAACUAAUUCAAUGAGUGAAGCAAUAAAGUUCAGAAGUAAAACUCUUUCCUAUAAACGUAGUUAUAGCCCGGAAAGUCUCGAAAGAGCAGUUAGAGAUGUGCGAAGUGGUCGGUUGGGUACUCGAAGAGCAUCUCUGGUUUAUGGUAUACCAAGAUCUACUUUGCGUAAUAAGGUCUACCGAAUGGAUUGUAAUGAAGGUUUAGUCAAGCCGAAAUCAUCUAAUUUGAAUAAGUACUUGAUGGAGGCUGGAACUGAUAAUCCUAAAAGCGAUGAUAGUAGAGAUACUACAAUCUAUAACAGCAACGAAUUGAAAACAUUGGAUGAUGAAAAAGCUAUCGCCGCAAAAACCAUUUGUGAUGCAGAAACAACGACUAACACUUCAGAAAACAGUCUCUGGCCCACGUUCUUUAAAGAUGAGAAAACGCUCAUGACGCCGGAUUUCAUGACACUGUUCGAAGAACUAUCUAGACCCUCUCACUCUAUUGCAUCCUUGUUUCAAGGAACAUCAAAGAAUAUCAACAAAACUGAUGAUUCAAACUGUUGGAAGAAAGCGAGACCCAAACGGGGACACUAUAGAAAAUAUGAUAAAGCAGCAUUAGAUAAAGCAGUCAAUUCAGUGCGUCUUGGAGAGAUGAGUGUGCAUAAAGCUGGUUCAGUGUACGGAGUUCCUCAUUCAACUCUAGAGUAUAAGGUCAAAGAACGAAAUUUGCUGAAGAAAAAGAAAACGGAAGAAAAUUUAACUAAAUAA